CCUUGCUCCCUCGCUUCGAAUUCCUUCGCUUAAUUUCAAGACCUUGGCAGACAGAAAUGGAUACCUCAACCGACGACAGCGCUAUCGAAGUGUCGCCUAUGACGCUGGGGCAGUUCUACCAGCGGCUGUUCCCGCACAGGCAAUUCUACAGCUGGCUGAAUUACAAGGCGCAGUCCUCGUCCAUGACGUUCACGCACCGCGAGUUUGCGUUCACAAUCCGCGACGGCAUCUACAUCCGGUACCAGUCAUUCAAGGACUGCGAGGAGUUCCAGCGCGAGCUGGCGCGGUUGAUCCCGACACGCUUUGAGAUUGGCGCAGUAUUCACGGCGCAGCCCAAGCACGCCAAGUCGCUGCAGCCGGGCGUGUUCAAGCCGGUCGAGAAGGAGCUGGUGUUUGAUAUUGACAUGACGGACUACGACGAGGUGCGGACGUGCUGCCAGGGGGGCAGCAUCUGCAGCAAGUGCUGGAAGUUCAUGGCCAUAGCAAUGCGGAUUGUGGACGCAGCGCUGCGCGAGGACUUUGGGUUCGAGAAGCUGCUGUGGGUGUAUUCGGGGCGGCGCGGCGUGCAUUGCUGGGUGUGCGAUGAGCGGGCGCGGCAGCUGGAUGACCAGGGGAGGCGAGCGAUCUCUGGGUACCUGUCGCUGAUCCGUGGCGGUGCCGAGCAAGGCAAGAAAGUGAACCUGUCGUCGCGCACAGCAAACCACCCGCAUGUCGUGCGCUCGCUGGAUAUCAUCGAGGACUACUUUGAGGACGUGGUGCUGGGCGAGCAGGAGAUCCUGCUGACGCGCGACCGCUGGCUCAAGGUGCUGGCGGCGCUGCCCGAUGAGGAUCUGCGGCAGACGCUCGACACGCAGUGGCAGAAGCGGCCGGACCGCACAUCGUCGGAAAAGUGGUCUGAUCUGAUCGACGCCGUGGACCGCCGGGCCGCCAAGCAGAAGGGCAAGUUUGCGCUGACCAUGUUUGAGAGGGACAUGAUGCUGCAGUAUGCGUAUCCGCGGCUCGACGAGAAUGUCACCACGCAUAUGAACCACUUGCUCAAGAGCCCGUUCUGUAUCCACCCGGGCACCGGCAGAGUGUGCACGCCGAUUGCAGCAGACGACUUUGACUCGUUUGACCCGCUUGCUGUGCCUACAUUGGCGCAGCUGCUGCGCGAGGUCAACGAGGCGACCGGCGCCACCAAGGGGAAGGAGUACGCGGAAACAUCGCUAGGCGAGUAUGUCGAUGUGUUUGAUGACUUUGUCCAGACGCUGGACCCUGGCAACGAGGCGGACGUGGCGAUGGCGGGCAGCCUGGACUUUUGACAUGGACUAUGUGGGUGUGUUCAAAAAUUAACUCGAAAAAUGGAUAAAAAGAAUGGCAAAAUGCUAGAACGAGAUCAGCAACUCCGGCUCGCCCUCGUUGGUGGUGUCGACGCCCCCGGCGGCAGCCUCGCUUGUCGUGGUCUCCUCA